GAGUCAAAGAAAAGGCUGCCAUGGAAACACCAGCGCUUGAGGCUUGAAGAGGGAGGUGAGCAGAAAGAGGUAUGGUUUUUCUUAUGGAAGAAUAUUCUGUUAUUUCAUGAUGGCAUUUGCACCUCCAAAAAGUACAGAUGCCCCCAAAAUGCAGACAAAGAUGAGUACCUGGACACCUCUAAACCAUCAGCUUUUGAAUGACCGGAUAUUUGAAGAAAGAAGAGCUCUGCUUGGAAAAUGGUUUGACAAAUGGACAGACUCUCAACGGAGAAGAAUCUUGACAAGCCUGUUAGAACGUUGCUCCCUGUCACAGCAAAAGUUCUGCUGUCGAAAACUUCAAGAAAAAAUUCCAGCUGAAGCUCUGGAUUUUACUACCAAGCUUCCAAGGGUGUUAUCUCUAUACAUCUUUUCUUUCCUGGACCCACGAAGCCUUUGUCGUUGUGCACAGGUGAGCUGGCACUGGAAGAACUUAACUGAGCUGGAUCAGCUCUGGAUGCUCAAAUGUUUACGAUUUAACUGGUACAUCAGUUUCUCUCCAACUCCCUUUGAGCAGGGUAUAUGGAAGAAGCACUACAUUCAGAUGGUAAAAGAACUUCAUGUUACCAAGCCAAAGACACCUCCAAAAGAUGGGUUUGCCGUUGCCGACGUUCAGUCAGUUACAAGCAGUCCUGCAGAGGAAAAGCAGUCCCCUGUGUCAGCUUUCAGGUCCUCUUCCUCUUUGAGAAAGAAAAUCCACCCAAGGGAGAAAGAGCUCCCACCCUGGAGAUCAUCGGACAAGCAUCCAACUGAUAUCAUUCGCUUCAAUUACCUGGACAACUGUGACCCCAGUGAGCAAAUCUGGCAAGGGAGGAAAAGACAUGAAAUGAAUCCAGAUUUCAGCCGACAAUCACGUGAUAAGAAAAAUAAAUUGCAGGACAGAUCUAAGCUAAGAAAAGCACAGUCACUGAUAUCCCUAAGAGCAGAACCCAGCACCACUCUCCGAGUUCCUGCUCAUCUUGCCUGGUCUCCUCACCGGUGGGCAGGGCUCCAGGCCACCGAAGCGGACACAAAGGUCCUCAUGCAACCUCUUCAGAGGCACCCUGGGUUUCAGGCAUUACCCGGCCAGGCUCCAGAGCUGAAGUCAAUUUAA